CUUCUAGUUUCAAUAUUGCGUUUUUUUAAGUUAAAAUGAUUAUUAAGUUUUGCAUUUAUUUCCCUUUAUUAUAAUGACUCGCUUCCAACCAAGCACUCCCUGUUAGGAAAGUCAGGAUAAGAAGAUGAAUUACAACACAAAAUACGUGAUGAUUCGUUUAUCUCACUAUUCAGGAAGACUUGGAGGUUAUCAGUUGCUGAAGGAAUGAGAUCCUCGCGACGAUUUUCCCAAGAUAUUAACAAAUAUAGAUCUUAGAUUAUCAGCGGUGGCCUUUGAAUCUUUACAGCUUAGUUGAAAGGGAACAGCGUUCAAUUUUCAACGCUCUUGGUCUUCACUCGAACUUUCGAGACUUCGCUCUCUCUGGUCAUCGCGAAUUAAUGAUGCUCUAAAGCCACACGCAUGAUUGACUUUUAUUUAAUUUAAUAACUUUGACAUGAUAAGAAGUGAAUUGCAAUCUCAUUUGAUAUUUUAAGCACCUUUAAAGGGCGCCGUGAUUGUUUAACUUGGUGCCAGUAGUCGAGGAUUUCGUUUCAUGCUUCAGACCAGCACACAAAUUUUCCAGUGAACAUGUUCAAAGCGUGGUCUUCAGUUCUUGCCGCGUUAUCUCUGGCGAUGUUGGCUUUAUCUGAAAGCUUAACGCUCCAAGCAGAGAAGGAAUUCGCCUCUGGCUUCCUUCAAAUGCUGGACAUGGAUCAUGCUCCUAAUAUCUCGAGCGAUCGCCAUGACAUUCCGCGCUACAUCUUAAAUCUGUACAAGGGCAAGCUUACAUGGAAGCGAUCUAGCGUCGGCAGAAGAAUUCCAGAUGGCUCUACCACACGGAUUCUGUUCCCGCAAGGUAACGAUGCCGGAUGUAUUAAGGCAUUACAGCAGUAAUUCGAUUGUACAUAAAUCCAUGCGAGGUGCCAACAUGUCUCUUUCGUGAUGAAUAUGUGCUAAGCAGGUUCUAAUUUGUUUGUUUGCUUUCACGAUCGAUUUCAAACAGAUCUUAAUGAGGACACCGACAGCUCAGUUCUCCAGUUCAACCUGUCUUCGGUUGACCUCGGCUCCGGUAAAAUUCUACGAAAAGCUGAACUGCACGUCCAAGUUUUUUGUGGAGAGGGUGUGAAAGUGAAAGUUAGCAUCGUUUACAGCGAUGGGUCACAAAAUAUUGCAGACGGCGAUAAGGAGACAAUAUCAACUCGGGAUUGUCACAAGACGAUCAAAAGCAGAUGGCUUGUGUUCAACCUGACUCAAGUUAUACUUUCAAAGGUCAAAAGGCGCAGAGGAACUGUAACUCUGGCCAUUUCAACUAAUCCUGCAUUCAGAAUUACCACAAAAGGAAAACGAAAGCCUUUCCUUGUUGUUUUCAACGAGCCACUCGAAAUUCCAAACCAAGGAGUACUCGGCGCUCCCCCAAUGAAGAGGCGACAAUUCGUGACAGGUAACGCGACAGAGAACAGCCAUGGCAAACUUUCCCGAACGAAGCGUUCGGAGGAUAACAUGUGUCGAAAACGAAGACUCGCAGUUCGAUUCCGCGACUUAAAGUGGAGUGGAUGGAUUAUUGCACCUACGCGAUUUGGAUUUCAUUACUGUGAGGGUUCAUGUCCCGGUACUCUCAGCCUGGACUCAAAUCCGACAAAUCACGCAAUUCUGCAAAACAUUAUCCAUCAUCGGCUGGGCAAAAAAAUACCGGCCGCCACUUGCGUAGCCACUGAGCUUCGCUCGAUGAGUCUUCUCUAUUACGACCAUGACGAUACAAUUGUGCUGAGAGAUGUUCCGGGUAUGGUCGCGUCGGAUUGUGGUUGUCGAUAA